CAUCAAGAGGCUCUCGACGGCCAAUUGAACCACACCAUCAUGCUUGCACUCCGGCGAAAGGCAGUCGAAUCUGCCGGGCGUCUUCCCACAGCUGCUGGUCGAGGAACGAGUCGCUAUUCGACAGCUCAGCAUGGAAAGACAGGGGAUAAGGUCCACCACUUCGCGGGAGAGAGUACCGAGCAUGGCCAUCACACAGCGGGACCGAAGGCCGAAUCAUUAGGAACCGCUUUCUACGUCGUGCUUGCAGCUGUCCCUAUAUCGAUCGGAAUCUAUGCCGCGUCAAGAACAGGAGCAGAUGGAAAGAUGACUGGUCUGUCGAAGGUCAUCGAUAGCUAUUCGCACUACAAGGAGAAAUGGGCUGCACGAAACAAUUUGCAUGUUGCGAUGGUCGAGCAGGCGGCAUUUGACCGGAAUCUGUUCCAGAGCACGGCAGGGAGCAAGCAUGUCGACUUGAAGUUUCCAGAGAUCUUCAAUACGGGAUCGCCGUUCAAUGUGGUGGCUGGCCAGGGAGCAAGGAAUAUGGAUCAAUUGGUGGCGCAUUACGAUAAGUUGAACGCGGAUGAGGAGGCGAAGAAGGCAGAGGCAUUGUCCAAGGAGAAGUAGACUGAUACAAUACCCAUACAUACAAUUUUGUAAUCUGCGUCCUUUUCAGGGCGUGAGUUGUCUGAUUGUACAGCCACACUUGGAUCAUUUUCACGGAGUUGAGCUGGUCGCGCCUUCCCGACAACAUAGUUGUUGCUAGUUGCGCUAGUCUUACCUUCCUUUUCUGUAUGCGAUCUUGCUUUUAACCAGAAAUCCUUUCCU